AUGGCGGCGCGCCUGGCGUUGACCGACCGAUCCCAAGCAGCGGAGAAAAGCUCAAAGCCGACGCCGAAGACGACGCGUCUCAUCGGCUUCGAUACCCGACUUGCUCAUGGCACCGGUAACACUGGAAAUCCUUCAAUGGGAAAGCAGUUCGCCAUGUCAGACUGA